UAAAAGAAAACAAGCUCCCUCGUCAGCCGGCCCUGAGUCAGGCUGUUUAAAGAGGGAUUAAUUUAUUCUCCCAGACACGGCGUUUGUUCCAUCGGGGUUUUGUUGGAGCCCGGUGGAAGCUUGGGGUUGUUUUUUUUUUUUUUCUGUUGUUGUUUGUCUCUUUGGACGAGGGGGGAGAGAAAAACAAGCAAACACCAAAAAAAAAAAAAAAUCAAGCGCGAUCUCAUGUUUUGCGUGGCAAGAAAUAAAAAUAAACCAUAAAUACGAACAUCGGUGGUUUGUAAUGAAAGCGGGAAGGGAGCGCGCUGCGGGGCGGCGGCGGAGGGAGAAAGUGCAGGAGGGAAGGAGGAGAAGCGGAGCCGCGGGGCCGCUACAGCUCCGACAGGGGACACGGGAACAAAACCUGCAAGACUCGCAGCUGAGCCAGACGAGGGGGAAACGGAGCUGGAACCCGCUUCCCUGUCGGCAGGGCCGGGCCGGGCCGUGCCAGCCCCUCCUGGAGCCCGGCACAUCCCGCAGCCCCGGGCCGAGCGUCCCCCGGGGGAAGGACUCGCAGCAGCUCUGCUUAGAAAGGGCAAGUCGGUGCCAAACCUGACGAACUUUCCUUUACCCAGAAUUAUAACUGGAAGUCUAAAAAGCCGCAGUGUUUGAAAACACGUAUUUACAUUAUAUAUGCCCCAAAGCAGAAUAAACAAAGGUUAGAUUUGUAAACUCUCCGUCUUAAUUAAAGCAGCGCUGCUUAGGACAAACCCACAUAACAGGCGGCUUGAAGUGUUGUGUUAUUUAAUUUAUACCUUCCAGCUCCCUUAGUCAUGGAGCUGGGACAGCGAUAGCAUCAGCAGCCACCCCGCUGUGCAGGCACAGGGAAUUUCUAGGGCACUGGGAGCCGUGUGGCCCAUUUACCACCCUCCCGAGGCUGCGCUUUCUGCCUUUCCAAACUCAAAUCUUCCCUCCUUCUUCUCCCUUGGCACUUCCCACACUGGUAGGAAUGCUGCUGGGUGUCUCCUGCCUCCGGUGCUGGUGGUGGAAGUCCGCAGGGACAGGCCAGCACCGGGGCUGUCCCUCGGUGCCGCAGCCCGGUGCCAGCACCAGGCACCCCCGGCUCCUGCCGGCAGCCCCUGCUCGGUUCUGCUGGGCCAGCGUGUGUUCGCACCGCUUACAGCGGAAACUGUGGGCAAAUAUUUCAGCUUUGCAGGAGCCCCUUUCUGUUCGUGCUCUGAGUGCCACCGCGGGCUUUGAAUUUCGCAGCUCUGUGGGGCUGGAGAGCCCUCGAGAGUGUAAAUAAGCUGCGCUGAUGGUGCUGAGAAUGUGCUCCCCGCAGGCAAUUUCCCUUCAGCUGCUUCCCAAGUUCUGUCUUCUCUGGUUUCUCUCUUCGCAGCCUUCCCUCUCCAAGUGAUCAGGGACACUAAACAGAGACAGUGAAUUCCAUCGGCGGGAAUCAGGGAUGGAAGCAGAGCGUGCCUGCCGGGAGGAACCGUGGGAUGGUCCAGCAUCCCCAGAAGAGCAUCCCAGGCUCUCCCACUGCCCAGCUCCUGCUGGACGAGCAUCCCUGACCCGCAGCAAAACGAGGCUGGAAGGUGCUGCAGGGACAGACAACCCGUUUGCUAGGCAGAGGAAAUGGGAACAGAAAGGGAAAGAGAAAUGGGAACAGAAAGGGAAAGGGAAAAUCAUUGGGAAAAGAGAAAGGGAAAAGGAGAAGGAGAAGGAGAAGGAGAAGGAGAAGGAGAAGGAGAAGGAGAAGGAGAAGGAGAAGGAGAAGCUCCUGCCGGAUGGCUGCCCGCAGUCAGUGCCAUCCUGGAGGGUGGCAGCGGUGCCCUGUCCUGCCCGGGCCGUGCCAGGGCCACCGGCAGCCGGCCCCGGGGCUCGGCGGGAGCGCUGCCGCUGCCGAGAGCGCCGGAGCCUGCUCGUAAUUAGCGCAUCCGAGAGAUCGCUUCACUUUCCAAACGAGGGAAAGAGGAGGCAGGAAAUCACCAGGCAGCUCGGCUGGAGCACCGAGAGGCAGGACGGCGAUCGGCGGGGGAGCAGCGAGGAGCUGCUCCCGGGGAAGGAGCGCUAUCCUGGGGCUCGGCAGGGAUGGCCCAGUCCCUGUCCCAGUCCCUGUCCCCAGUCCCUGUCCCCAGUCCCUGUCCCCAGUCCCAGUCCCUGUCCCAGUCCCUGCUCCGCUUUGCUGCCUUUAGCCCGAGCUCCGAGGAGGGAGGGGAGCCGGGGCAGGCAGGGGGAUGCCCAGGGCAGAGGCGCUGUGGUGCCAGGGCCACACGCUGCUGUGGCACCAGGGACAGCCCCGGCUGGUGCUGGGUACCAGCUCCCACCUCUCUCCCCAUGCCAGAGCUCCCCAGCGCCGGGCGAUGCUCCCGCCAGGCAGGCAGGAAAAGCCUGGCGGUUACUCCAUGCUUGAAGCAUUCCUGGUGAAAGCAUUCCCAUGGCAAACUGCCCUGCACCGGUCCCUCCCUUCCCUGCAGUGCUCCCGAACCCUUUCUCCCCUCUGUCCCGCACAGCCCGGCUGCCACGGCAAACCCUUGCUGCCUCCCCGGGAUUUCCCCAUCCUCCCUCAUCUUUGCCGCCCUGUGAACCCAUCGCUGCCUGCUGUCCCUGUCCCCAGGGCUGUCCCUGUUCCCAGGGCUGUCUCUGUCCCCAGGGCUGUCCCCGUCCCCAGGACUGUCCCUGUCCCCGGGGCUGUCCCUGUCCCCAGGGCUGCUCCGUGCUCCGGGGCUCGGGGCUAUCCGGGGCCGGGCGGGCGAGGGACAGCAGUCCCGGGCUAUCUUUCUCUGUUUCCGUGUUUCUGCGUUUCUCUGUUUCUAUGUUUAGCCCUGCGGCCACACGCCGGGAAGUGCCCUUAUCUCUGGCCACCUCCUUGUCCUCCGCCGUGCCUGGGCUAAUCUCUGCUUGGCACCUUGAGCGCCGCAGCGCCCGGUGGCUUUUUGUUGUUAUUUUGGUAAUCUCCCUCACUACUUUUUUUAAAAUUUUUUUAUUUUUA